AUCUAUAUCAGGGGCGGACUGACAACUCAUGGGGCCCCCGGGCAAUAGGGGAUCAUGGGGCCCCGUGUCCUUGCCCACACUCAAAGCACACCCAAAAAAGCCUAUAAAAAAAGGUACCAGGGGCAUUUCAUGGGGACCCCUACUGACCCCGGGCCCUCGGGCAGUGCCCGAGUGCUCGAAUGGUCAGUCCACCCCUGAUAUAUACUUUUGUGCAUGAGCACGGAGGGAUGGGGAUGCUUUAAAAAAAACUUUUUCCCUAUUUGUUUUAUUUUUAUUUUUUACACUGUCCCUUUAUUUUAUUUUAUUUUUUUUAU